GAAAAUUUAAAGCCCACGUAGAAAACUAGAAAAGCCCAAGCUAUAUAAACUGAUUCUAUUUUCUUACAAAUACCUAAACAUGUACAACAGCAGCAGCUCUGAACUUGUUGCAUCUCCAAGCUCUCAUCUUCGUUCUCGUUACUCAGGUCAUUGAUAAUCCUGAUUAGGGUUUUGCAUCCAGAACACCUGCCACCCGUUGAAAGAAGAAAAUUUAGAUCUGAUUAGACAUGACAAAGAAGAGGAGUAGAAAUCAAAAUCCCGAGCCCUUCCUCCCUGAGGAUGACUCCAAAUCAAAAUCCUCCAAGAAACAAAACAAAGCUCCUAAACAGCACCAGCAAGAACAGAAGCUUAUUUCAUCAGGCAUGAGCUCCAAGAUUUUAAAGGAAGCUCUGAUCCAGCAGAAGGAAAUACAGGAGGAGGCUGAGGCUCAGAUUCCGGGUGCCAGCAAUUUCGCCCUUCUCAAAGAAAAGACGGACACUAUUCAAUUAGAUGAAGACGACCUUGAUCAGUUUAAUGGGUUUUCAGAGACUCAAAGCCAGUAUGGUGGUGAUGAGGAAGAAAUUGACGAGGAUGAUGAGAAGUUGCUUGAGGCAUUCUUAUCAAAAGACGCCCGUCCACAGCGUACAUUGGCAGAUCUCAUUGUAGACAAGAUCAAAGAAAACGAUGCUCAAGUUUCCUCAGAAAAGCAAGCGUUGCCCAAGUUGGAUGAUUCCAUCAUAGAAUUAUACAAGGGAGUUGGCAAGCUUCUUAAUAAAUACACGGCAGGCAAGAUACCAAAAGCUUUCAAGCACAUCCCUUCGUUGCAAUUUUGGGAGGAGGUCCUGUACCUGACUGAACCUGAAAAAUGGUCUCCAAAUGCGAUGUUUCAAGCCACUAGAAUAUUUUCUUCCAAUUUUGGUGUGAAGAAGGCAGAAAGAUUUUAUAAGUUGGUCUUACUUCCUAGAAUUAGAGAAGAUAUUCGCAAGAAUAAGAGACUGCAUUUUGCGCUAUAUCAAGCUCUUAAAAAAUCUUUGUACAAACCAGCUGCAUUUAAUAAGGGAAUUUUGUUUCCUUUGUGCGAGUCAAGGACUUGCAACUUAAGGGAGGCUGUCAUCAUUGGGAGCAUCAUACAGAAAGUCUCUAUUCCUCCUCUUCAUUCAAGUGUUGCGCUGUUGAAACUGGCUGAGAUGCAGUACUGUGGUACUACAAGCUAUUUCAUCAAGCUUUUGGUUGAGAAGAAGUAUGCUUUGCCAUAUCGUGUCCUUGAUGCCUUAGUUGAACAUUUUAUGGCCUUUCUUAAUGAUGAAAGAACAAUGCCUGUGAUUUGGCAUCAAUCACUUCUUGCUUUUGUGCAAAGGUACAAAAAUGAACUGGUGAAAGAAGACAAACUCAAUCUUAAUGCUCUUGUAGAAAGACAAUGGCAUAAGUUGGUAACUCCUGAAAUAUGUAGGGAGCUGAGGAACAGCCGGAAUCGUGGGGAUAAGGAAGAUGACCUAAUGUCAAUAUCUUCACCUGCUUAUGUAAUCAACAAAACGAUCGAGGAAGACAGGUUUGAUAUCCCUGAAGUACCAAUGGAGGACUGAAUGAGCAUGUACCGUUUCGUAUCGGGCAGUUAUCAAGAGAAAUUCUAAUGGCUUUAGUGCAUGGAAGAUUUGUGAGAGAAAAUUGGAACCUGUACCCCAAGCGCUCUUACAAGUUCAUAUUCACGUCUCACCACAAAUUAUGUUAGUGCAUGUCCUAGACAGUAUUUUGUUGGUGGUGAUAGAUCAUAUCAGAUUUUUAUGCAUUUUGCAUUGGAUUUCAUCGUAGAAGUUUUGUAUACUAUUUAUUGAGGUAUUUGCGCUCAUUUGCUAAAUUGUUUCAAUUAUGUAUGUCGUGGUUAGAGAUAUACAAAGGGAAAGUUUUACUAAA